UGUAAUCGCCAUAUUGUUUGCACACACGUUGUGUUAACGAUUCAGUAGUGAUAAUCUCGUGGUGUCGCAAGUGUUUGAUAAGCCACGAGAGGGAAGUGUUGAAAGAAAGGUAAAUAACUCGAGCCAGAGCUCCGAGGCGGCGAAACUGUCGUUCUGAAUCGUGUUAGAGAUUUAUCCAGUAAGAACCAUCGUGACGUGAUCGACAUAAACCGUGUUGUAAAUCGAUCGUGUCUCGAAGCUGUCCGAGCGUCAUACGAUUAAUUCCUUAGCUCAGACACAUCAAAAGUUUCAAGUAUUCGUUACGGUGACGUCAUCGACAGUUCUGAGGGAUGGCCCGUGCUUACAAGCAUCGCGACGCAUCGCCUCUCCUCUUUUUAUCUCCGUAAAAUCGACCAAGAAACGUAAGCUAAAUUCUUCGCGUACACGACGACAUGAUCGAAGAAACACGAAAGUGUUCAUAACACUGACAUUUCCUAGUGAAAUCGUUUAUACGUACACUUUGGACGAAUUAAUCGAGUGAAAACCUACUUAUAUAGAGGCAUCAGGCCGAAGGGGUUUCUAUAGAAGAAAGAAAGAGAGAAAAAGAGAGAUUGUGAGACUGGUGACCCGGGUGCAAUGUCGUAUCACCGUGGGGGCCAGGCGGGCGCCGUAGCAGUUUCGUACAGCACCAGUCCAAUGGCACCGCAUUCUCCUAGCAGACGAUGUUCCAGCAAUAACAGCGGCAACAACAGUUCCGCUAUUGGCACCUCCACCUCGAAGCUGAACACCUACAGAUCUACUGCUUCCUCGUCGAUCUUAGAUCGACCAACAAAUUUCUACUCGACAUCGUCGUCGACGUCAUCGUCGUCGGGCAGCUCGGGCUUUCGUUCGAACUAUACGACCGAGUACAGGCGAUCCUACUGCCCAUCAGGCAGGUCAGUUUCGUCGUCGGCAUACAGCAGUACGGGUAGCGGUAGUGGUACAGCUACGAAUGUGACGACAAACGGAACCAGCGGCACUAGAUUCGGCUUGUCUACAUCGUCGUCCUCAUCGAGCAUCUCUGCCGGCAGUUCGUCCAGAGAUAGAGGGAUCCCAGAAUCCUCGUCUAGACUAGAAAUAACGGCGGAUUUGAUCAGGUAUUCGCCAUCUGGUUAUAUACCGAAUAUCCGUCAAACGAGCAGCACCACUGGCAGCACUAGUGGAAUCCAUCAUCAUCAUCACCAUCAUCAUCAGUGGAAGCAUCAUUCGACCGGUUCGUCGUUGACGGAGUUGUUCGGUGGUGACGAUCGUGAUAUAGCCGUCGAACGUACCGGCAGAGAUCAUCGUCCGGAGUCGUCGCUCUCCUCGUCCUCCUCGUCAUCUUCCUGCGCCGUUGGUGGUGCACUCUGGUCCAGGUCGAAGAGAAGGCCACUGUCCAGCAGCACGGUGCUCAACAGCGGGCAUGCACGCGCGGACAGUGCCGCGUCGCCUGGCGAGACCGGGUUCGUAGGCGGCAUUACGCCGCCCAUCUUGCAAAACGGCGUGGCGGGAAGACCGUCCGGUACUUAUGGGGACGACCCAUCCGUGCCUUCUACAUCCAGGAGACCGGAUGGUCACUUCUCGGGGACAAACACUGCCAGUAAUCUGACUUCCUCGUCACCCACUGCACCGUCCACGGCUCACCAAAAUCUCUAUCGCGGGGUCGCCGAUCAGUUUGUGAGCUGGGGAUUGUGGUGCGUGUGGGUAAUAAUUAUUUUGCUGUUCGUGUACGCGUUCCUGCUGGGUGUUGCGGCUCCUCUGACGACCCAGAAACAUGUCUCUUCCGGUGUGUAUACAAUACAGUUCGGCAAUUCCAUAGUGACCACGCGCGCUACUCUCCAGCCUCCAGCCAUUUGUUUAAAGGAAGGAAGCCCUACGAACAAAUCGGCUCGUAAUCGAUUACAGGCGCAUCGCGAUGAGCGAUGUGGACUAAACGGAUUACGAAAUAUCGGGAAUACAUGUUUUAUGAACAGUGUGAUCCAAUGUUUGAGCAAUACGAGACCGUUACUGGAAUAUCUGCUGAACGAACAGUACCUCGCUGAUAUAAACACUACUACAAGCAGUAUGAAAGGAGCAUUGAUCAAAGCGUUUAGUCAGGUGAUACAUGAGUUAUGGGAAGUGGGUGGUGAUCUCGUGGUUAAUACGACGGCGCUCAAAUCUCAAAUACAAAGAUUCGCACCACGUUUUAUGGGAUAUAGUCAACAGGAUGCUCAAGAGUUUCUUAGGUACCUAUUAGAAGGAUUACAUGAAGAUGUGAAUAGGGUGACGGUAAAACCACAACCAAUACACACGGAUAUUCCUGAAAUGUACACAGAUAGUCAGAAGGCAGUAGAAAGCUGGAAACGCUACUUACGUAGUGAAGAUAGUAUGAUAGUGGACGUUUUCGUUGGUCAAUUACGUUCGUCGUUACAUUGCACUUCUUGUGACCAUGUGUCGGUCACAUUAGAUCCUUUCUGGGAUCUCAGUUUGCCAAUACCGGCUAGAAGUGGUACAGUGAAGUUGAGCCAAUGUUUGGAGCAUUUCACGCGAGAAGAGGUGCUCGAUGGCGAUGAAAAACCGACUUGUUCUAAGUGUCAGAUGAGGAGAAAGUGCACGAAAAGUUUCAGCAUACAAAAGUUCCCGAAAAUUCUUGUUAUUCACUUAAAACGUUUCUCACCAAUGGAACGAUUCCGCAGCAAGCUAAAUGUGAUGGUAGAUUUUCCAUUGACAGGUUUGGAUCUCAGUGCCUUUGCUGCGCCUAGAGUUCCGGGUUGUACGUACAAUUUAUAUGGUGUCGCGAACCAUUCGGGCACAACACACUCCGGUCAUUAUACAGCAUAUUGUAAGCAUCCAUACUCGGCAGAAUGGCAUGAGUAUAAUGAUAGCCGGGUGUCCGCGGUUCCAGCGCGAUCGGUCGUUUCCAACGAAGCCUACGUACUGUUCUACGAGCAGCAGCCUCACAGCUCUCACUUGUAACCUUACGCCAUGCUUAGAAUAUGAAAAAAAACGACCAUCUUGCCUCUCAAUACCUCAGUCCAGCAUAUAGUAUAAAAAAGAAAA